GCUACAAAAUUCAGAUAUGGAGAAGAAAACUUCUAGCCACCCCUUUUGGUGUCUUUUUGUUUACUUUGUAUACUUGAGUAGAAUGGCAGCGGCGCAGAUUGUCCCUGUAAGAGUUGGGGUGGUGCUGGACAUGGAUGAUUAUGAAGGUGGGAGCGCGACAUUGAGCUGCAUAUCCAUGGCGCUUUCGGACUUCUAUGCCACACAUGAUCAUUAUAGGACUAGGCUGGUUCUCACCAACCGGGACUCCAAGGGAGACGUCGUUGGCGCAGCUGCAGCAGCUCUGGACCUUCUGAAGAAUGUUGAAGUGCAAGCCAUCAUAGGUCCCGAGUUCUCAGUACAGGCUAACUUCCUUAUUGCUCUUGGACACAAAGCUCAUGUUCCCGUCGUUACUUUCUCCGCCACAAGUCCUUCUCUUUCAUCGACGCGGAGUCCAUACUUCGUUCGGGCUACUCUAAAUGAUUCGUCACAAGUAGACGCCAUAGGCGCAAUUGUUAAAGCCUUUGGAUGGCAAGAAGCUGUGCUAAUCUAUGAGGAUAAUGAAUUUGGGGAAGGGAUUAUACCAUAUUUGACUGAUGCCUUGGAACAGGUAAAUGCUCGUGUCCCUUAUAGAAGUGUCAUUUCACCAUUAGCAACAGAUGAUCAAAUUGUUGCAGAGCUUUACAAGCUGAUGACAAUGCAAACUAGAGUUUUCAUCGUCCACAUGAUGAGCCCUCUCGCUUCUCUCCUUUUCACCAAAGCAAAACAACUAGGAAUGAUGAGUCAAGAUUAUGCAUGGAUAAUAACAGAUGGCAUCACAAAUGAGUUAAGCUCAAUGGAUCCUUCUGUCAUAGAGUCCAUGCUAGGAGUAAUAGGAGUAAGACCUUAUAUUCCCAAGACAAAAGAGCUUGAUAACUUUGCAAUUAGAUAUAAGAGAACAGUUCAGAGGAAUAAUCCAAAAUCUCCAGAUUUGGACAUUUUUAAGCUGUGGGCUUAUGACUCGGCCAUUGCACUAGCCAUGGCAGCAGAGAAAGCAAGACUAAGAAAUCCUAAAUAUCGAGACGCAAACAUUUCUAGAAAUUCUACAGACCUUGAAGCCUUUGGAGUAUCAGAUGCUGGACCAAGGCUCAUUCAGGCUUUAACAAGUACGCCGUUUCAAGGCCUCGCUGGGGACUUCCAAUUAGUUGAUGGCCAACUACAAGCUCCUCCUUUUGAAAUAGUAAACAUGGUUGGUCCUGGAGCUCGAGUCAUAGGAUAUUGGACAAAAGAGAGCGGAAUUGUCAGAGAACUAAACUUAACAAGUGCAGACAAAAACAAGUAUUCCACUUCCAAAUCCAACCUUGGGUCCAUUAUCUGGCCAGGCGAUGCAUUAUCUUCACCCAAGGGUUGGGUGAUUCCAACAAACGGAAAGAAAUUGAGAGUAGGAGUACCUAUAAAGGAAGGUUUCACUGAGUUCGUACGUGUCACUUGGAAUUCGGACAAUUCUACAGAAGUUGAAGGAUACUGCAUAGAUGUUUUUGAUGCAGUGAUGGCUACACUACCAUAUGGUGUGCCAUAUGAAUACGUUCCGUUCGCAGCACCUGACCACAAGAUGGCUGGAGACUACAAUGCUUUCGCCUAUCAAGUAUACCUCGGCAAUUUUGAUGCUGUAUCUGGCGAUGUGACCAUUGUAGGAAAUAGAUCACAGUACGUCGAUUUCACUCUGCCUUACACAGAAUCCGGUGUUUCAAUGGUGGUGCCGAUCAAAGAUGAUAAGAGCAAAAAUGCAUGGGUAUUUGUGAAGCCACUGACUUGGGAACUUUGGUUGACAAGCUUUUGCUCAUUUGUUUUCAUUGGGAUUUUGAUUUGGAUUCUUGAACAUCGAAUAAAUGAAGAUUUCAGGGGGCCCGUUUGGUAUCAAGUAGGCAUGAUAUUCUGGUUUGCCUUCUCAACCAUGGUCUUCGCUCACAGUAAGCUAGAUAUCAUCUUUUCAAACUACAUUCCUUUUAGCCACUGCAGCAUUUUGAACAAAUUUGAGACUCUUGUUCUGUUUUUUGCAGAGGAGAAGGUGGUCAGCAACUUGGCGAGGUUUGUGCUAAUCAUAUGGUUCUUGGUAGUACUUAUACUAACCCAAAGCUAUACUGCCAGUCUUGCUUCCAUGUUAACUGUCCAGAAGCUGCAGCCAACUGUUAAUGACGUAAAUGUGCUUAUUAGAAACAAGGAAUAUGUAGGCUACAUGCGAGGAUCAUUCAUUUUUGGACUUCUGAAGAAGAUGAAUUUUGAUGAGUCACGACUAGUGGAGUACAAAUCACCUGAGGAACUGGAUGAACUUCUCACCAAAGGCAGUGGAAAUGGUGGCAUAGCUGCCGCUUUUCAUGAGAUCCCAUAUAUAAACCUGUUCCUGAGCAAGUACUGUUCAAAAUACAUGAUGGUCGAACCUAUACAUAAGGCAGACGGUUUUGGCUUUGUAUGUGGUCCUCUUCCCUCCCUCUGUUGCAAUAUUUCUAUCCAUAAAAAGGCUUUCAUUUUCUCCAACCAUUUUUGUUCUAAACUCUCUUUUUCUACUUUGCAGGUCUUCCCAAUAGGUUCUCCUCUAGUAACUGAUGUUUCAAGAGCGAUUCUAAAUGUAACUGAGGGUCAAACGAUUGUGGAGAUUGAGAGGAAGUGGUUGGGGGAUUAUAAGACCAAGUGUCCAGACACUAACACCUUGCUUUCACCAAAAAGUCUUGGGCUAGCAAGCUUCUGGGGCCUCUUCUUACUAGUAGGAAUAGCUGGAAUUGCAGCCCUCAUAAUCUAUGUGGUUAGAUUCCUGGGUGAAAAUUGGAACAUCAUAGACGACGAAUCCUCAAUAUGGAGCAAAUUAGUGGAGUUGCUAACAGAGUUCGACAACAAAGAUCUCAGAUCUCAUACAUUCAAGCACAUCAGAACGCCAGAGAGAGAUGAUGCCUAUGGUAGUUCAAUGCAUUCACCCCACAACAACUACGAGCAAAGUCCAUCAAAUUAUUUACUGGCCUCUCCACAUACUAACGGCCCACCAAGUCCUGUUCUUUCAAGCCCCUCAGAGCAGACCACAAAUUUUCAAGGAGGUCAAAGGAGUUCAGCAGAUAAUGCAACGAGAAAUCAACAAGGCGAAUCAGCACAGAUAAUAAACCAGGAGAUUGAACUGGCUAAUCCAAAUGAAAAAGAGCAAACAACACAACAUUGACACAUCAGAAUCAUAACUGAGAUAGGCAGGUUAGUGUUUACUUCAGCUAUGACUUCUGCUACAAGUGUGGAGGUGCUAUUGUAAUUUGCAAAUCUAAUUCUUCGGCAGAGCCCAAUACUAGUUUCUCUUACUUCAUUGUAUUUAUUUCACCUAGGAUUUUAGAAAGAUCUCAGAGAAAGUUACUGGCUCUAAAUUUUUUCCUUCAUUGCCUACUGUAAAUUCUCUUAUGUUUCCUUUCCUGUUACAUCCUUCCACUAUA